GUGAAUCGUCAGUGGGGCGAAUAGUAAUCAAUAUUUAGUAAUAAACUAUUACUUGUAAGUCUAUGCGUUAAAUGUAUUCAAUGAAUCAUAUAUUAUAAAUAAGCUGUACAGUGUCAUGAAGGAUUGAUUUUGUUUCCUUACCUUUGCCAGCCAGUUGACAUGUCAAUGUUGUCAAGCGUUUGAAAGUUCGAGAUUAAAAAGUAUUUGAAGAGUGAUCUCCCUUACAACAUGUCUGCGCCCAUGAAUCUCGAAAAAGUUUUUGUCCGGGAAAUUGAAAGAAACGACACAAAAGUCCUGCAGAUAAACCAGUGCGAGGUUGGAGAUGUCGGUUGUGUUGUAUGGGAUGCGGCUAUAGUUCUUGCUAAAUAUCUCGAGUCUGAAGACUUUCACAAGGGCAAAGAUCUGAUGGAUAAAAAUGUUAUGGAGAUAGGAGCAGGCACAGGCGUGGUCGGACUUAUGGCUGCCAGCUAUGGAGCAAAAGUGUCAAUAACAGAUCUAGACCAGUUCGUCCCCUUGAUGCAGCUAAAUAUAGACACAAACAAACAGCUGUUCCAGCAUCCAGUACAAGCUAAGGAACUUGUUUGGGGAUCUGAAGUGAAGACAGAGUACCCCAAUGUGGACAUAUUACUUUUAGCAGACUGUAUAUACUAUGAGGAGUCUCUAGAACCUCUGGUUAAGACCAUGGAUGAUCUGUGCGGCUCUGAUACAUGUAUAUAUUGCUGUUAUGAGGAAAGGACAACCGAUAACAAACCUGCAUUACAGAGAAAAUUUCUACAUAUGGUUGGGAAGUUGUUCCAAAUAGAAAAGAUACCAUUGCACAGACAAGACAGUCAGUUUUGUAGUGAAGAUAUUCAUAUACUCAAAUUGAAAAGAUUAAAAGUUUCCUGAAGUA